AUGGAUCCAGCAAUGAAGCCGCCUGUUUACUGUAGAAGUUCUUCCAGUCUCAAGUACCACCUAAACGCAAAGCAUCCCUUAGCUAACGCGGAAGAUGCCGGGCCAAACACUGAUGUAGUGCAGAAGAGUCGUCGUCAAACUACUUUGUUUGAGUGCAACCGAGGCAAGCCCGUCAGCACAGCUCUAUCAGACAAGCUAACUAAUCUCCUCGCUCAGUGGAUUGCCACCAGCUGCCGGCCAAUCAGCAUGAUUGAAGAUGAUGGGCUCGAGCUUGUUCUCCAGGCGGCCACAGGUGACCCAUCUUACAAACUACCUGCUAGGCGAACUAUCAUGAGGAAAAUACAUGACCAGUAUGCCGCAGAGAAAGCCGCAAAAGAUGAGAAGAUGGUAGAGGCGAGGUGUGUAGCACUGACUGGGGACCAUUGGACAUCUGUCAACAACGAUAACUACCUCGGCGUUACUGUACACCUCAUCGAUGCCAGCUGGGAACUUCACUCCUUCGCUUUAGGUGUGAUGAAAACAGAAGAGCGUCACUUUGCAGAAGCGUGUGCCAGGCAGUUUCUCGACGUCGCUAAUCAGUGGGGGAUAGCUGAUAAAAUCAGCACUAUUGGAACAGACAGCGCUCCUAAUAUGGUGGCAGCAGGGAGGAUACUGACAUUCGAGCAUUUGCCCUGUGUUGCACAUGUUGUACAGAGAGCUAUUGUAAUGUCACUUCGGGAAGGUGGUUUUGAUGGUGCACUGGCCAAGUGCCACGAGCUGAAUGUCCAGCAAGCCUCCCUUGGACAAGUUCAGGAGCCACUCGUGCAAGAUGUUCCAACACGGUGGAAUUCCACCCUUGAGAUGAUCAAGCGCGUGAGGCGCAAAAGAGACGCACUUCACACAACGCUGUCUCAGCAGAAGCACAAUCUGGCCCUCCCAACAAAUGCUGAAUAUGAGAAGUUGGCAAAGCUAGAGAAACUGCUGGAGCCAUGCAGGUACAUCACUGAGCUCCUUGGUGGGGAUAAGUAUGUAUCCUGCUCUGUGGUUCUACCUGCCCUGUGCCACCUCCAGCACGCGAUGAAGAUCUCAGAUGAUGAUCCUGCCUAUAUUGUGCGAUUCAAAUCUGCCUUCACCAAGGACCUCAACCAGCGGAGGGAAAAUAUAAACCUGGAAUGGCUUAAGGUGGCGACUGCUCUAGAUCCACGAUUUAAGGACCUCAAGUGCUUGCCCAGAGCAGAGAGGGAGCCAGUGUGGGCAAAGCUAAGUGAGUUGGUGAAGGGAGAAGAACCUGCUCUGCAGCCACUCGGGGAGGAGAACCCUGAGCCACCCAAGAAGAAAACAGCCCUGUUACUGAUAGGAUCAGACUCAGAAUCAGAUGAUGAGACACCAGAAGACAAUACUGUGGAGAGGUACAAGGUAGAGCCCAGUGCCAGUCUAGAUCAGUGUCCACUGAAGUGGUGGUCGGAGCACACUGCUGUCUAUGGUAAGAUGGCCCACAUUGCCCGUAAAUACUUGGGGACUCCUGCCACAACUGUCCCAUGCGAGAGACUUUUUUCUUUAGCAGGCCAUAUUGUGCAGAAGAGGAGAUCUAGUUUGUCACCAGAAAAUGUGAACAAGCUGGUUUGCCUGAGUGACUGGUGGAAGAAGGAGAAAUAG